AUGUCACCCGCACUAUUUAGUACCCCUCGUCCGGUGAGUGUCAUCUCCAGCUCCUCCACGCCUGUGCGGGACCCGAACGGCCUUGGCUGGCCAGCGAAGACCACUCUGGAGAGGCUACACGAGUCCCCCGCCGCGCGCAAGGAAAGGGAGGAGAAGCUUGCCGAUGCAGUCCGGACUUUGCUGGAGUGUAUUGGCGAGGAUCCGGACAGGGAGGGGCUUAUGCGCACACCGGUUAGGUAUGCACAGGCGUUGUUGUGGAUGACGAGGGGGUAUGAGGUGCGGCUCAGUGAGGUGAUAAACGACGCCAUCUUCGCGGAGGAUCACGACGAGAUGGUCAUCGUGCGCGACAUCGACUUCUCCUCGCUCUGCGAGCACCACCUCGUGCCCUUCACGGGGAAAGUCUCGAUCGGGUACAUCCCUAACAAGCUCGUGCUGGGUCUGAGCAAGCUGGCCAGGAUCGCGGAGACCUUUAGCAGGAGACUGCAGGUGCAGGAACGCCUGACGCGACAGAUCGCCCUGGCGGUCGAGGAGGCCGUCCAGCCACUGGGAGUUGCGGUCGUUAUAGAGGCUACACACAUGUGUAUGACCAUGCGCGGCGUACAAAAACCCGGCAGUUCCACAGUAACAAGUACGAUGCUCGGCGCCUUCCGUACGCGGCAGAAGACGCGCGAAGAGUUUUUUCAUCUUAUCCGUUCCCCGUCUGUGCUGCGAUAG